CGGAUGAUGACAUGAUUUUGUUUUCUUUUCUUAUAUCAACUUUAUAGGUGCAAUAUUAUACAAAGGAAUAUAUUCAAACGAAAAUGAAAAUACAUAAUAAUGCGCAUAAACGCAUAUAGUACACAUCUUGAUCGCAACUUAGGGAUUAUUUUUCACCGUUUUCAUGACACAAAAUCAGCGUUCUUAUUCCGUUCAAUGUUGAUAUAGUUCACGCAUGGAUUGGGAAGCCAAGUCUACUUGGUGAAUUUGCUUUUUUCAGUCGUCUAUUUUGGGCAGUCUUACUUCGUAUGUGUGAUUCUCAACUGUAGAAUGCCCGACAUUUCACAGACAAGUUAUGUUGAUCGUUUGGAGCCAAUUCUUAUUGAGUUCUUAUCUUUGUAAACAAGAAGAAAAAUAAGGAUCGUAGGCUCAAACGAUGAAUUCUAGAAUACUGUUUUAAAGAGAGUUCGAUCGAUCCACUGAUCCUCGAUCGAUCAAUGCCGCAAAGCCAUGAUCAAGAUCAUGUUAGGAUUUUUAGGGAUGAAAUAAGAUUUCCGUCCUCAUCAAACAAACCUUUUGUGUUUUUGAACGGGUGCACAAUUGAGGGACUAGAGACACAUGCUUUUAUAUGACUUAUAUUGCAUACUUAAGCUAUACAAAAAUAUGUAGGGACGUUUAAUGAUGUGUGUCUGGUCGCGGCCUAUUAUGCAAUGUUUAAUCUCAGUAGCUCAAUCGCUCCCAAAGCCCUUAAUGGAUGCUGUCAGUUGCAAAUACUUUCAGGCUCCCUUGGGCUGGCUUAAUCAUAUAAACAGUACCGAUCGACCCAUUCCAUAAAAUCCUUUUAGGUUCUCUAGUAGUGAUGGGUGGGUCGACCCGAACCUAUCGGGUCGGAGCUAUCCGUAAGCGGCCCGGAGUCGUUCGGGUCGACCCGAAAGGUACAAGUAGGCUCAGUAUGGGUAACGACUCCGGUAAGUGCAAGAAAGCAUAAGCGACUCCGACCCGAUGGUGCAGCAAGUUCGCGUCGGUAGGCUCAAUACCCAGGUAGGUUGAGGCAAUAGGUAGGUUUAAUACCUGGCUUGCACCCGACUCCCGGUCAGAUCUUGAAAGGAAUCGUAUGAUCCAACACUAUUAUCUACAGCAGCAACAGUCGAGAUUGGCACUAAAUGAAAUGGCGUGAAGUUGUCUGGAAUUAAGAGUAAGACAAAAUAACUACCAGGCUUCACUCUUCGAUCACACUUUCCCUUUUUUUUGGUGUCCGAAAACCCCCAUUUAGUAAAGAAGGGAAGCAUUAGAUGAGGAAUCUAAUAAAUCUGUGUUGCGAUUUUUAUACUCACUUUAGAACGACUCUUUACUGCUCCGUAUUCUAGUGUAACGAGUUAUCGUAAUCGUUUUUCACAUUGCAUUGCAUCAUUGCUAUCAGCUCAUUUUCUUACAGGUCCUUCUUUCUUUCUUCUACUUCUGGCCUACUAUUUACGACACAAACAAACAUCCCGUUUGUUGGCCGGCGUAUAACCACGAUAAACGAGAUUUUGUUUUUCUAGUCCACACUUGCGGUGUGUGCAGUUAUCGUUGCAAUGGGUUGCAAAAGUUUACCGACCCGGGAUGAGGGGAAAAAAAUUAGCAUAAAAGCAUGCGACUAUGUAGUUCUGCUUAGCAGUCUCCAGUGCGCAACUGCAGACGUCACAGUUGAUAGUGUGAAUUUAGUGUUGUGUGCGGUUGUGUGCUCUCUCCCUGCCGUUCUUCAGCAUGACGGAUAUUAAUACACGCUUUCGUGGGCUGCUGCAGCGCCCGUACGAGCCGACCUUCGUGCCGAAAAACAAUGGCCAGCUGUACUUCGAUGUACCGGACUCUUACCUAACCGAUCACUAUCGCCCGUUCGGUGCGGCGCUGCAGAAUCGAUUCGGCACGAACGCUCAAACGCGUAUUCCACUGCCAAACAUUACGGCACCGGAUCUGGCGUACGCGGAUGCCGUUAGCCGUCGGGGUGGAUUUUCGAUUUUCCAUCCAUCGCAUCAGCGCGUGGCCAGUCAGCUGAUCGAGCUGUUUCUCGAGCAAUCGAACCCGGACGCACUGACGGCAAUAGCUGUGUUUGUGCGGGAUCGUGUCAAUGGUCCGCUGUUCCAGUACGCGCUCUCGGUCGCGCUGAUGCAUCGUACCGAUACGCGCGAUGUCGAGAUUCCGAGCUUUUUGGAGCUGUUUCCCGAUCGGUACAUUGAUCCGGCCGUGUUUCCGCAGCUGCGCGAAGAGGGCACACUUGUGGACCAGGGCGAUCGACGUGCGAUCGAGAUCCCGAUGAACUUUACCGCCUCGGAAAGGGUGGACGAGCAGCGGUUGGCCUACUGGCGGGAGGACAUCGGUGUGAACCUGCACCACUGGCACUGGCAUUUGGUGUAUCCGGCCCGCGGGCCGGAUCGUAUCGUGCGCAAGGAUCGUCGGGGUGAGCUAUUCUACUACAUGCACCAGCAAACGAUGGCCCGCUACAACAUUGAGCGGUUUGCAAACGGAAUGCCGCGGGUGGUUGCGUUCCGAAAUUUCCGCGAAGCCAUCCCCGAGGCGUACUUUCCCAAGAUAACACGCAGCUCCGAUGGACGUUCGUAUCCAGCUCGGCAUCCCAACGAAACGUUGAGUGAUCUUAAACGAGUUGAGGAUGGUGUAAUAGUAUCGAUCGCUGAUAUGGAGCUAUGGACGACUAGGAUUUUUGAAGCAAUUGAUAACGGCUUCGCUCAAUCGUCGAGCAAUCAGCGUGUUCCUUUGGACAAUGACAGCGGAAUCGACUUGCUGGGGAACAUUGUGGAAGCGAGCACCCUGUCGGUGAAUCCGCAGUACUACGGAGAUCUUCACAACAACGGGCACAACAUCCUUGGCUACAUACACGAUCCGGACAACUCGUUCCUGGAGGGUUUCGGUGUGGUCGGUGACAACACGACGGCCAUGCGUGAUCCGGUGUUUUAUCGUUGGCAUCAGCACAUCGACGACAUUUUCGUCCGUCACAAGCAACGGCUUCCGGCGUACACGGGACAGGAGCUAGCAUUUAACGAUGUGGCGGUGGAUAGCUUCGAAAUUCAACUGAACAAAGCGAACGCACCGGUCAACAUUCUGCUAACGUUCUGGCAAAGAUCGCAGGUAAAUCUCGGCACCGGGCUCGACUUCGGCCCGGAGGGCAAUCUGUUUGCGACGUUCACGCACAUUCAGCACGCACCGUACAGCUACCGCAUACGGGUGAACAAUCGUGCCGGGGACACUAGACGCGGCACGGUACGCAUAUUCUUCGGACCGAAAACAAACGAACGUGGCCAAACGUUGCCAUUCCGCGAGCAGCGCCGUUUGAUGGUGGAGUUGGACAAGUUUACCGUCACACUUAAUGCCGGUGCUAAUACGAUCGUGCGACGAUCGGAUCAAUCGAGCGUAUCGAUCCCGUACGAGCGAACGUUCCGAAAUGUGGCUGCCUCAUCGCUGACACAGAAUGAAGCCUUCCAGUUCUGUAACUGUGGUUGGCCGAACCAUAUGCUUCUGCCGAAAGGGUCUCCCGACGGUAUUGAGUAUGACUUUUUCGUUAUGGUUUCCGAUUUUGCACAGGACCGCGUUGAGGAUUUCGACGAGAAUGUUAACUGUAACGAUGCUCACUCAUUCUGUGGUCUGCGUGAUCGACGCUAUCCCGAUUCACGUAGCAUGGGCUAUCCGUUCGAUCGCUUCACGUCAGGAACGAUUGGCAGUUUGCUAGAUUUUACCAAACCUUAUGUCAACAUGUUGGUCACUCCGGUGAAGAUACGGUUCACCAAUACGGUCAUAGCGCGUGCUUAAAGUUCUCCUGAUGUACUAUAUUAUUGACUAAACGCCCCACACUUAUACUCUAUUUACAAACGAUUAUACUCGAAAAUAAAAUAACUGAACCAUUUUCAUGCAAGUUAUACAUAUUUUAUGUUAUGGAAGACCGGGUCAACACAACGCAACGUGGAACACUUAGAACUUUAAUGCCGAAUAAAAUAAAUGUAUCCUUCAGAAUAUAAUUAUUAAUCUUUAAAUUAUUGUUAACUUUCAACAAUGUCUUCAGUUCUGGUAAUGUUAAUGGUAAUGUUU